AUGCCUCGAGAUCCGCUGAUCGGCCUGGUUGGCAAGCCGUCGGCAGGCAAGAGCACAACGCUCAACAGUCUCACAGACGCCUCAUCAAAAGUUGACUGUGCCUGCGCCCGCCACAAUGUUUCGGACCGCUGCAAGCCCAACUACGGCGCCUGUGUCGACGGCCGUCGCUCCGUGCCGAUUGAGCUCCUCGAUGUCGCGGGCCUCGUCCCCGGCGCCCACCAGGGCAAAGGCCUCGGCAACAAAUUCCUCGACGACCUGCGCCACGCCGAUGCGCUGAUACACGUCGUCGACGCCUCAGGCACCGUGGAUGCCGAGGGCAAGGAGACGCGCGGGUACGACCCGUCGGUGGACAUUGCCUGGCUGCGCGGUGAGAUCGUGGCCUGGAUCAAGGGCAACCUGAUGGAGAAGUGGGGGAGCAUCAGACGGCGUCACAUGGCGAUCAAGGCGACGGCGAUCGAGACGCUGCAGGGCCAGUUCUCGGGAUACGGCAGCACGGCCAAUGUGGUCGCGCGCGCGCUGGACCGGCUGGGGAUCAAGGAGCCGCUCGAGGACUGGGACGAGUCGACGAUCGACCGGGUGGUCAACGCCUUCACGGACGAGAAGUUCCCGACCGUCAUCGCGCUCAACAAGAUCGACCACCCGGACGCGGACAAGAACAUCGCGAAGAUUGCAAAGAUGCAAGACCCCAACACAAUCGUGCUGUGCUCGGCCAUCUCGGAGAUCUUCCUGCGCAAGAUGGCGAAGCAGGGGUACAUCAAGUACACGGAGGGCAGCGAGUUCAUGGACACGCGCGAGGACCUGAUCGAGCAGGGCGACCCGAACGGCGGCGGGCUCAAGGAACUGGACGAGAAGAACCGCAACCGGAUAGAGAACCUCAAGGACAUGGUGCUGUACCGGUUCGGGUCGACGGGAGUGGUGCAGGUGCUCAGCAAGGCGGCGGAGAUCCUGGGGCUGGUGCCGGUGUUUCCCGUGCGUAACACGACGACGUUCCAGUCUGGCGCGAACGAGAGCAGGGUGGUGUUCAGGGACUGCGUGCUGGUCAAGAAGGGCACAACGGUGGGGGAGGCGGCGAGGAAGGUUAUGGGGGAUGCGCCGAUUGCGUAUAUCGAGGGUGCUGGGGGCUUGAGGGUCGCUGAGGACGACCCUGUUGCGGUUGGGAAGAACGAUAUUCUGUCGUUCAAGGUCGGAAGGGGUUGA